GUAUAAUCUCGCUGGAUGCACACCCAUGACGACAUAUCCUGAACUUGAAUGGCGUUCCCGUCCAUGGAGGACACGGCCGUCCGUGGACUUUAAAUAGAACAGCCAGAUAUAGUAACAAAAACCAUUAGGGUAAAUGUUUCUUUUUACCUAUUUUUUUGUCCUUAAUAAGUGUUGUAUAAUUCUAAUUGAUGGUAAGUUAUUGUUUAGUUGUAUCCAUAAAAAAAAUAGGUUUGCAUUGGUAAGAGUAAGUUGUAAAGCUAAUAUAAUGAUCUGAAGCUUUUGACUUAUUGGUUAAAUCUGGUAUAAAAACACGAGUGUCAUUUGGGGAGGGCAGAGGGCAUUUAACCCCAACGCCCUGAAUUUUUAGGAAAUAAAUUGCAGACUGCUGUAAAUCAAACGUAGUAAGGAAUAAAAAAGAAACAUUCGAUCAUUAAAAAUUGACCCGAAAAAGAUCCUAAUCUGGCCAUUCUUUUUUAAAUUGCCAUGUACUGUGACGCCUCCAAUAGUACCAGUGUUCGGUCAAUCGGUCAAACUGAGUCAAUCACAAGCUUGUGGGCUGCAGUUUUAUCCUCAGCAAAAACAACACCAGCCUCACGGGUGGAUGCGACUCGUUAACCUUGGAUGGAAACUAACCUAAGAGAAGGCAAACUCUGCAAUCAAACCCGGAGAUGGAGUCCCAUAGGCGUUUAGACAUUGAGAAAAUUUAAAUUAUAUGACAACUCCUGCGACGUAGAACGCUUGAACAUAUUUCGAAACAGUUACACUUUGAGUGGUAUUGUGAAAGAAGCUGAUGCCAUUGGAGACCAAAUGGAAUUGCACUGAACAACAACUACGAAACAAAGGCCUCACAGAGCCAGGGCGAUGUCCACACAAAAAAAAAAAAAUAUCAGCAUAUGCAGUGCUGUAAACAACUGGGAACACAGUUACAAUAUCGACUUAAUCUCAUGAGGAUUCAAUGUGUGCGAAAAUGCUUUUUGCGUGUGUAGACAAGAUCAUAUUUGAAAUCGAUGCACUAUACACGGUUAACUGUAGCGUUCUGAAAUGUGUGUCGGCAUUACACUCAAGUUCGUCAAACAUGCUCGGAUUCAGUAAACGGACUUGUGAGAUUAUAUCCUACAACCGGUAUCGAUACAGUUUUGACCAUUCAUCCCCUUCGAACAUGCUUGAGUCGUCUUCCACUUGGUUUUCAGUGAGCUUUAGGGGGUAAUCGACUGUGACCUGACAUUGCCGGUAGCAUCAGUUGAAAACGAAAGUACCGUUAUAGCAUGAAAAGAGUAAAAACACAUCUCCGAAAUAGAUGUAGAGACACACGACUCAGGGAUCUGCUGGUCGUUGUAUGCCUCCAAGAAGAUACACAAAAUUGUAAUCACUGAUAAAAUAUAUUGAUGAUUUAGGUCAUUGGAAACAAAGUCGAUAUCCUUUGUUUUAGCAAAUCGUUGUAAUAAAUUUAGUUUGUUAUACUGACAAAACGAUUUUGCUUAUCUUUUCCACAUUGCUUGUAGGUUGCAGUGUAGCAAAUACAAAUAAAUAGAUCAAAACCUAAUUUCAAAUAAUUUCUAUUGUAUUCAGUGACAACUUUUGUAGCUGACAAUGCAGCAUAUUCACACAUCUGGCAGAACUGGCUAGCACAUGUGGACGAAAUAACCAAUUCAACAAGCCGGCCAAGUUUUCCCUCCCAAUUCAAAAAGUCUCCCCCUCACCCUCUGAAAAAACUUGACAUGACGUCCCUGGAUAACAAUAAGUUAUAGAAUUCUUUUAUCAAAUGGAAUAAACUUUUAGAUCUUAACUAUUUUCUCGUCCAGUUUCAUGGUUGUUGUCAUCAAGAUGCAUCAUAACAUUAAACGAUACAUCCAGAAACCCUAAAAUAAUAUUACCAGGAAAUAGUUCAUUCCUGUAAAGCGAGAAGAAAGUCGAAGAAAUAAAAGCAGAUUUUGGGUUUAUGAUUGUAUCCAAGGCACACGGGGGAUUGUUGAGCACACCUUAUAGUAAAACCUUAGAUGGCUCCAUGGUAGCCUGUCCAUGGUAGCCUGUCCAUGGUAGCCUGUCCAUGGUAGCCUGUCCAUGGUAGCCUGUCCAUGGUAGUCUUUCCAUUGUAGCCUGUCCAUGGUAGCCUGUCCAUGGUAGCCUGUCCAUGGUAGCCUGUCCACUUGGAGAUUUCAAACAAAAUUAACAGAGUGCCUGUUACGUACCAUUAUAAUAUGAUUUUGCAAAUUUGAUAUGUUUUAAGAUUUGGCUCGUUAGAUGAACACUACGUAACAAUGGACUGAAAACAAGUAUACACAUAAAAGCAUACCAAUUCUUUUUUAAAUUAACAUAUACAAUUUAAUUAUAUUUCUACUUUAUAGAAAUAUACAAAAUCAAAUAAGCAGAAAUAAAAAUUAUAUUAAAUAUUGCACAGCAAGUGAAAUACGUAAAUCUUCGAAAGGUACACAUUUUAAUGUACACAUACACACGAACAAAUUGUAAAAUCUUGUAAGGCCUCUAUAAGUAUAUCAAGUCUCGGAAUAUUUCUCCUGUCUAGGAGAUCUAGCAAAAGUGUCCUGACGGGGAAAGCUGCCAUCUUAUUUAAAGGGCUGGAGUUAGAACAGUCCAGAAAAGAAAUUCUAGAAAUUCCAUCACCCGAUAGCAUGCUUUAGAGCAAAUUAGAAAAUUACUGAUCCUUUACCCAGUCAAAAGAGGGGGUUGGGGUUAAUGAUAGAGUGCUACACGUUUUAUCGUUGACGUAGGUAUUUUUUUUAAAGUGCGUGGUGGGGGGGGGGGGAGGGGUAAGGCUGCAUGUCGUGGUUUUUGGUUAACGAAACGUAGGUUUGCACACAGGCUAUAACAAUGCCUGGUAUGGGUUUUACAUUAUUAUUUUAAAAUAAAAUUUUAUCAUGUUUGCUUAACUCAGAAAAUUUUAACAACGGGUUAUUCCUUAUAAAAUGUGUCAAAGGUUAAGACUUUUAUGUUGUGUGAAGGUGUGUUUAGAUCGUGUCAAAAUUCAAGAAGAAAAAACAAAAUUCAUACCUUAAACUUCAGCAGUUUGCCAAACUAAUGCGUCUUAAAAAUAAUAGAAAGGAGUAUCAAUUUACAAUUUUUUUUUAAAGAGAUAACAAAUUUUUCUUUGAACAUUUAAAAUUAAACCAGAAAUAUUUAAAAGGGAGGGAAAAAACGCUAAUCAUAGUUAGAGGAGAAUGUCACUAAAAUAAUUAUGUGCUAAGCUUUGUCAUUUUAUUUAUCAUAAUUUUAAAAUAUACGAUUGUUUCUGAAACUGAAUUCAAGUAAUGAUAAUUUUUUCUAGUUUGCUUCACUUUCUCCUCAAAAUUUAGCCUAGUCGUUUAGCCGGCGCCAAGAACAGCCCAUUAGACCAGCAAGCCAACCAGUAAAAAACAACAACCCACCAAGAUGCCCAAGAAAAAGCCAGAAGAAGAGAAAGAGCCCAUCCUCACCGAAGAGAAAAAGAUUGCGUUCACGGCUAUAGAACAACAGCUGGAUGAACUGAACAACAUUGGUAGGUGCACCGGUUCCAAUGGUAGGUUCACUGGUUAGAUUGCUAGGUAACGGGUAAGUUGGUCGGUCUAUGUGAUGUUCAAUUCGUUUGUGUAUAAGCUAAAAUGUAUGGUGAAUGCGUCUUAUUGGUACGUUUAUAUACUAAUUAUGGCUCUAUGUUAUUAUGUCAUAUGGGUAGGUUUAUGUUGCAUUUGUUAAUAUGGCACUCGUCGUUUUAUUUUUUAAUCGUAUUAUUUAUUUUGCUUCAGGACUAAAUUUACUUCAGUCAUCAAUUGCGCUCCAACAAAGAAUUUUACGUGCAUUCGUUGUGAAUAAAUUAUCAUGUUUUGUUACAAUAAGUUCUUUUUCUAUUUAUGUAAUUAUGUAUAUUUUAUCAAAUAGACGUUAAGUGGAAGCCAUUUCCUUUAAAUCUGACCCCUUUUGUUACUUUUCAUUACUCAAUCACGAACCACUGUUAAGAAACAAACUUGUGUAUGUCCAGGAAAAGACAUUUGGCGUUUGAGAGAGAAGCCGGGGAAAGAGUACAAAUGUCACGACCGGAUUGUUCGGUUCCUGAAGAGAAAAGGUUUUAAAGUAACCGAGCGUUUCAAAGGUUUCAAGACAUCUUUCAGGUUUGUCUCUCACGUGGAUGCUGUCUUGUUGCGCACGCGUAUUUGGGUUUGUGUUUUGGAAGGAGAAUGACUGUAAUGUGUUGUCUUUGUCCAUUGGAAGGUGAAUCACUCUAAUGUGCCGUGUUUGUGUGAAAUGAGUGGAGGGAAUGUAAUUAGUAGUAACGGUGUCAACAAUAUUUAACACGCACAAUGUCCAGGAGAGUGUACUUAACAUAAACAUACACUUCAAGUACAUUCUCUUAUUGAUAUAUGAAUUCGAAUGUAGAAAAUAUAGGCAGAUAAUUCGUCGAAACUCGACUCUGGACGAGCAAGGGCAUUGCCCAUAUGUUGAGGGUAAUAGUAACCUCCCUUUGACUUCAGCUAUUCCUCUCAUCUCAGCUGCUUCUCUCCUAUGGGAAUCAAGCGCCUGCUUAUGGGUAACGAUCAGUUAGCAGACGCUUUCAGCAUACGAUGGCAUGUAGCAGCUGACGCUUUAGCGGGACUGUUAACGCUUUAUGGGGAAUCCCCAAAUUCGCCUUAACUCUUUCUCACAGCUUGCUGUAUAGAAUCGCUGGCGAGUAAAUAGCAUCGUCUCAAUGCUCUCCUUACAGACCCCCCACUAGACACAUAAUUGCCUCGAUGCUCUUCUUAUAGGCCUCCACUAGACCCCAGGCCCCCACUAGACACAUAUUGCCUCGAUGCUCUCCUUAUAAGCCUCCACUAGACCCCAGGUGCCCACUAGACACAUAAUUGCCUCGAUGCUCUCCUUAUAGGCCUCCACUAGACCCUAGGCCCCCACUAGACACAUAAUUGCCUCGAUGCACUCCUUAUAGGCCUCCACUAGACCCCAGGCCUCCACUAGACAAAUAAUUGCCUCGAUGCUCUCCUUAUAGGCCUCCACUGGACCCCAGACCUACAUUACACAUUAUUGCCUCGAUGCUCUCCUUAUAGGCCUCCACUGGACCCCAGACCUCCACUACACAUUACUGCCUCGAUGCUCUCCGUACAGGCCACCAAUUGCCCACAUUUUUGGGGUCAUUCAUUUCACAUGGUUGCCUUUUGUGUCCCCAGGGCCGAAUUUGGCGAGGGUGAGGUCGGUGGUGUUGAACAUCCGAACAUAGGCUUCCUAUGUCAGUAUGAUGCAGACGACGCCACUGGUCACUCUCGUGGACACAAUCUGGUCACAGUUGUGGCUCUGACAGCGGCCCUGGGUCUGCAGACUGUCAUCAAAUUUGCUACAGAGCCGAUUGGCAUGGUAAAUAAAAAAUGUUUGUAAACAUUCAGCAAAUUUGAUAAAUAAUAUAAAUACACAUUUGUUCAAUCUACUGUAAGUGUUUAAAUAUUUUCAUCAUUUUCAUGCCAGGUUAACAAGCAUAUGCAAAAACUUAAAAAAAAUAAACAUUGGAUAAGAUCUGACUGGUAACUCUCGUGAAUCUUGGUUAUUACACCGCGCUUGUUUGCGUUUAAAAAAAAGGGGGGGUGGGGGAGGGAGGUGGCGUGGAGUGGGAAAUGAAAUUGAAAUGAAUAUUGGACUCACUAUAAUUGCUAUGUUGUUACGUGUUCAUUUAUUGCCACAGAUAUUUAUUUUCCUGGCGUUUCAAUAAAAAGUUAAACGUACUCGUCUUUCACUCAUGUAAUGGUUUUGAUAAGUGAAGAAUUAAGCAACUUGAAAAGAAUUAAAUGAACAUUAUCAAUUGACCUUCGUUAAUUCAUCAUGAGGUAUUCUUGUUCAUAUAUAUAAAUCGUUAUACACUUCCUCGAUGAGAUUUUUAACAUAUUAUUAUUAACUUGACAUCUAAUGGGUUUGUUUCGACUUAUGUGAAAUCAUUCUCAAAGAUCAUCCCAACAUCUUUGAGAGCUAAACUCGGACGCCCUUCGUCUUGAGACAUGACGUGAUCUAUCCGAUUUUAAAAAGAUUCUCUCGGUAUCCAUUGGAAUAAAUUGUUUAAUUAAAACGUUUAAGUUAUAUAUAUAUAUAUAUAUAUAUAUAUAUAUAUAUAAUAAUAAUAAUAAUUGUUGAGACCUUUACAAGUUUUCGUCCUUCCCUCUUUAGGUGACCGUGAUAGGAUGCUCAGGGCAUCCAGACAACAUUGGAAAGAUCUUGAUGUUUGACGAAGGCUGCUUCAAGGGCAUUGACUUUCUGCUGACGGCGUACCCCUCCCACCACACCAACAUCAAGCCCCAGUUCAUGGGCAUGCAGAUGUAAGUUGGACUCACUGCUGAUUUUGGGAUUUUAAGUUGGAAGGAAAUCGUCCAACUCAGUCUCAAACCUUUACAAAAGUCCAUUUGAGGUGAACUCCCAAAAUCACGAUUAAAGAAACGGAAGAAUUUAAACUAUAAUAUGAAUUGUACAUCUUUCCAGGAACAAGGUUAUAUUUCGGGGACGAAGUCGACCGGAUGGGGACCGGCCCUGGGAAGUUGCCAACCCCGUGAAUGCUGUUGUGUUGGCGUACCAAAACAUAGCGGCCAUCAGACAGCAGUUCAAAGAGGACUGGGUCGUCAAAGGUAACGGUCGGAUUGUUAAGACUCUGGUCAACGGAAUCUUACCGAUGGGGUGGGGCGGGGGGGGGGGGGGAAUCCCUAAAUGUGUUGGUGGGGGAAGAAUCCCUAAAUGUGUUUGAUGGGGAAAGCCCAUGCACAUAAAUUAUACCGGUAUUCCACAGAGAAAGGAGAUGCACGUCCGUAAAGCAUUCAGAUAGUUUUUGGGCUGUCAUUUGAUGGCCGACAUUCAAGAUUAUAAGAAGAAAAAAAAAGUUAUCAUUAUCUUAUUAUGUAUCUCCUAUAAUACGUGCAUGAGUGGGGUUUUUUUUUGGUGUUAUAUUUCAGUUUUUGUAUUUUACAGAUAUUUUAAAAUCCAGAUGUCCUAAAUUGUCCUAUUUUCUAUAUAACAUAUAUUUUUAUUCCAAAUGUCCUAAACAUCAUUUUGUCCUAAACUCCAGAUAUGUUAUAUUCCAUAUGUCCUAAAACCCAGUUUUCCUAUAUUUCAGUACUUCUAUCUACCCAUUGCCAUGUCAUGCACCUAUUUUAUUCCCAUAUUGACGGUUUCAUUCAUGAUAAUGAGCCUACGAGUCGUCUUAAAGAGUCAAACCUUGAGUUAUUUUCAAAGCUCAACAAUUUUCGUUCAACAUAACCACAUGACGCAUGAGCUCAUUGCCAUUGAUGAGCCGUUGUUAUUUUUACCAACUAUUUUUUCGGUUUACUGCCUCCAGGUAUAAUCUGUGAUGGUGGGUCUAGAGCAGACGUCAUGCCGGAAUUCGCGUCCAUGGAGUUCAUGACGAAGGCCCCCAAGCCGGUCGAGAUGAAAAUUGUCAACGAAAUGCUGCAAAGGUGCUACGAGGCCGCGGCCAUUGCAAGCGGGUGUAGGGUGAGUUGGGGUGUCUGAGACUAUCAUUGACAGGUUCUUGACAGUUUUUGUUUGGUUAGAUGUAAAGCCCUUGAAUGGGGAAGGGAAAAAAAACGGGGGUCGGGGGGGGGGGGGGGGCGUGAGGGGAAAGGAUUUUUUAACAGGUGGCAACUUUUUUUGUUUUUGUUUUUUUUGUUGUUGUUGUAUGUUGUUGUUGUUCUACCCAAAAGGAGAACAAUGAUUAACUACUGAUACACUAGUCUCCGUGGAUAAAAGAACGUUCAUAAACUAUUAAUGGUGUGCGCAACACCAGUGUCAUAGAUACAGAAGAAAAGGACGUAGAAACUAAAGCAGGCAGAGAACAUGUUUUUAUUUUUGUAUCUAAUUUACGGGGAAGAUCCAUGGCAAAGCGAACAUUUGCGCAGCCGCUUUGAGCACUGGUGCCAUCUCUUGGCUGCGUCUGUCAUAACUACAUGUCAGUAUGCUUUUUAAAUCCUUGUGGUUGGUUGGGGGGGGGGGCAUUCAUUCUGUGUUGUACACAAAAACAAGAUAUAUGUUUUGGAUUAGAUUUAUUUUAUCUUCACUAUCCGUAUAUCAUUAAAACAGUUUGAGGUCGAUGCCACCGUGAAGGAGUUUUUCUGUAACGUCACGUGCCACCGGCUGGUGGAACUCUACAAGCACAAUGCGGCACUCAUGGGGUUUACGUUCCACAACAAGAAAAAGGGCAUUGAGGUAAACAGCAUCUCGCUCUCAUCUGUAACGUCUACGUAAUUUACCAAGUGAAAGUACACAGCGGGAAUUAUAGGUUUUGAUACACAUUCACAAGCCAAUCGUUUCCUUGUAGUUUAAAACUUUUUGAGGGGAUAACUAUUUAUCACACGAUAAAAAAAAAAAAAGAUUGCACAAAGCACAUCAUUUUAAAAUAAAUCGUAAUUAUUUAACGUUUGAUUUCUGACUAUAUGUGUCGGUGUUAUGGUGUUGAGUCGGCACUCUCCUCACAAGCGUGAGCUCGUAUUCAAAUCCCAUUGGAGGAAAUUAUUUCCCUCGUCUCAGUUUACGUCUAGAUUGAACCUUGCAAAAUAUGUUGUCAAAAGUUAAUACAGUGCAACUAAAAUAACACGAUUUUGAUAAAUAUCUUAACUCUCCGUCACUUUAACUCCAGUGAUAUAUUUUAUAAUGUUCCAUGAACAGACUAUAAUGCUGUCUCAAGAGUAUCCAAGUUAAAAUGACUAAUUUAAUAAACACGAUUUUAGAGAUCUAGCAUUGACUUUAAUGCUAAACCGUUUUCCGCGGUGUUGUCUUGUUCAUUACAUGUUGUCAUUAUUUGGCAAAAUAUCUGCUGUCUGUUGCCAGGCCCCCGAUGACAUUGCCAAUUUGACUACUUCUGUGCCAACGCUCAAAGUAUUUUACUACGCUGGAACAUCUGUGGAGGUCGGCACAGAUGAGUUCAGUAGAUACGCUGGUAGGUACAAUCGAAUUCAGAAGACAACAUAUUUUACAUUAACUGGUAGGAGAUGUCGUCAGCCGAUAGGUCUAUAGGUAUAGAUGACUUCAGUGGAUAAGUUUAAUAGGUAUGUCUGAAGUCAGUAGACAGCUGAUCGUGAUAACGUUAGUAGAUAGGUUGAUAGAUAAGAAAUAGUAUGGAUACAAUCAAUAGUAAUGAUGGGGGGAACUGGAUAUUAAAUAUGAAUUCAAGAUAUAUGAUACCAUAUACCAAAAUAUGUGAUUUAAAAGAAAUGAUUUCAGCUUUAUAAAUCAAAGAUUCGAAGCAAAAUGAAUGUUUAUGAAUAUAAUAAAAUGUCAUUUUUAUGACAUUUAUGUAAAAUACUAAUAAACAAAUAUUUUAAUUUUAAAAAAAAUAGCUUCAAUUCCAUUUGCAAGUAUUUUAAAUAAAAAAAAAAUCAUUAAAAAACAUAAUCAAUGGUGAGACACGUAACGCCACCUGUCUAAACAUAAGUGCCUGACACAUGCUCCACUCGCCUCCAUAUAGUUAAGUGCCCUGCUGCACUGUCUUAGCGAAGGCUUGAAUAAGUUCAUGGUGUGUGUGUGAUCAGUGGCGUAACUAGGGUGCACGGGCCUUUUCGAUUGAACCUCACAGGGGUGACAACAAAAGAACAUUUGCAAAAUUGACAGAUUUAGCCCUUUUCAGCGAACAGACAACAGUAAAAACAAUAUAACGUUAAAAAUAAGCACUUACCUGCCACGUAGGGUCGCUGUUUUGUUGGGUCAUUUUGUUCAGGGUUUCUUAUACUUUGGCUUAUUUCCUUCUCCCUGACUGUAGUCUCACCCAACUUGUUACACCAUUUUAAAGUUUAAACAGUAAAGUUUAAAUAGUUUAAGGUUUCAAUUAAAAGUAAUGUGGUUGUGAGUUGUGAUAUCCUGUAUGAUCUAGUUCAGAACUACUCUGUCAAGGUCGUGGGUCACACCAUGAGUUUACCGCCCCGGGUGGCACCAACUCUAGUGACGCCUCUGUGUGUAAUAGUUUCAAUGUUAUGUGAUACGUUUUUUUUUUAUCCACUUUGCAAAUCCAAGUUCAGAUUUGUUUUUUUUAAUUAGUUUCGUAUUUCAUACAAGUAAAUUUUCUACUUUCAAAUUUAAAUUACCAACAAUUAAGAAGAAAUUAAAUAAUUAUUUUAUAACUUUCUGGUAUUUUGAGACAUAACGUAUUCAAAUUCCAAAUACUUUGGACAAGAUAACUAAAUUUGCACUAUUCCAUUUUUUUUUUUUCGUUAUUGAGAAAAAUGUCUAAAAUGUUUUGUUUCACAGGAUCAAAAGAAUGUGAGUUUAUGAGUAUCGUACAAGGCAAGGCGCUGGCCAUGAUGGCGAUUGACCUUAUGAUAUCUGAGGAGAACAUGAAGGAAGUAUUCGAGGAGCAUCAGUCUGAGCUGGUCAGGCUCUACGAGUCGGCGGGAAUCAUGACCGUAGAAGCCAGCCAGCAAUAACUUUUUUUUUGCUUUGAUUCUUUCACCAACCCACUCUCCUUCUCUUUCUCUCAUAUCUUAGUCUUAAGCAAGCAUAAAACUACAACGAGAAAAAAAUACAGAAUCAUGGUCAUUGGUGCCCAUUAGAACAUGUCCAGCUGGUGUUGCGUUGGCUGCCUUGGGUUAUUUUUCCAUUUUUUUUUUUAAAUUUGGAAUUAGUCCUAAUUUCUGAAUAGCUAUACAAAAGAUAUGUUUGCAAAAUCAUAUUCUGUCCCUGUUAAGGCCACUAAUAUUAUAUAUGCAUAAUUUAAAUGAAAACAAUAUUUGUACUUUUUAUAAAAUUAGAAAUGUCCAUUGGUAAUAGAUAUUUGGUAAAGAUGUCACAAUGCAGGCAUGACCUGAAGCUGUCACAAUGCAGGCAUGACCUGAAUCUAAGACAGAUAAUUGUCCAAAUAUAUGCAUACAAAUUUUCAAAUUACUUAUUUUAAAAAAAUGAGAUCCCAAUAAUAUACAUGAUGUUCAUUGUAGCUCAAAUAGCGUUUUGAUAUAUAUAUAUAUGUAAAUAAAGUUAUUUAUUUCAACGAAAUACAGGAAUCUUUAGAAAUAAAGGAAUCUUUACACUUGUUUGUUUUAAAAAUCAAUAGGAAAAUAAAAGGUUGAACAUUUGUGAAUAUUUCCUGGCAAAGGAUAUGACAAAAAA